ACCGCCCGCCCGAAGAUGCCCCGCGGUUUCCUGGUGAAGCGCAGCCGGCGGCCCACGCCCGUGUCCUACCGGGUGCGCGCCCCUCCGCCCACCGCUCCGCCGCCGCCUCCCCCUCCUGCCCCGCCGCCGCCGCCUCCUCCUCCCGUGCCCUUCGGGACGCCCGAUGGCCCCGUGCAAGCGCUGCGCAGCCCCACGCGGCCCGUCAGCCGCGACGCGCUGCUGGAGCGCGGUUUCAGCCUGGGUUCGCCCGUCUCGGCCGAGUCGUUCCCUGCGCCCGCCGUGCCCAGCAGCAUGGACCCGCUGCUGCUCGGCCCCGCCGAGCUCAAGCUCUGGGCCGCCCGGCCGCCCCCCAACCCCAGCGGCGGCGGCGGCGGCGGCGCUCCGGCCGCCAAGCGUCCCGCCGAGCCCGGCCGGCAGAAGGCCGCGGCCGGCAAGAAGGCGAAGGCGAUCCGCAAGCUGACCUUCGAGGACGAGGUGACCACGUCCCCGGUGCUGGGGCUGCGCAUCAAGGAGGGCCCGGUGGAGGCGCCGGCGCGGCGCGGGGGCUGCGCGCGGCCGCUGGGCGAGUUCAUCUGCCAGCUCUGCAAGGAGGAGUACGGCGAUCCCUUCGCGCUGGCGCAGCACCGCUGCUCGCGCAUCGUCCGCGUGGAGUACCGCUGCCCCGAGUGCGACAAGGUGUUCUCCUGCCCCGCCAACCUCGCCUCGCACCGCCGCUGGCACAAACCGCGGCCCCCCGCCAAGAGCGGCCCCGAGGCGGCGGAGCCCCCCAAGGAGGCGGCGGCGACGGCGGCGGAGCGGGACACGCCGAGCCCCGGCGGCGCUUCGGAGGCGGGCUCCGAGGAGGGGCUGUUCGAGUGCCCGCGCUGCGCCCGCCGGUUCCGGCGGCAGGCCUACCUAAGGAAACACCUGCUGGGCCACCCCACCGCGCCCGGCCCGGCGCCCGAACCCGCGGCGGAACCCGCCGAGCCCCGGCCGUGCCCGGUGUGCGGGGAGAGCUUCCCCAGCAAGAGCAGCCAGGAGCGGCACCUGCGGCUGCUGCACGCCGCGCAGCUCUUCCCCUGCAAGUACUGCCCCGCCACCUUCUACAGCUCGCCCGGCCUCACGCGGCACAUCAACAAGUGCCACCCGUCCGAGAACAGGCAGGUGGUGCUGCUGCAGGUGCCGCUGCGGCCGCACUGCUGA